AUCGCCUAAGAACACCAUUCUUCGAUUCACAGGAAGUGGAAUUCCUUAGCUUUCUUCGAUUCAUAUACUCCAUUACACCACGCAAGCUUCAGUUGCAGAUAGACAUGGUGGGAAGCCUGAGCAUGGUGGAGAGUUCCGCAGCCGCGAGUGGCCUCGAGGAUCCCAUGCCCCUCUCGCGCGCCGCCAUGGCCCCUCCGGAAGUCCACAGGGUCGACGUGCCGCCUGAAAUCUCCGCCUUCCAAUGCCUGAAGCUGAGGCUGCGUGAGUUCCUCUUCCCUGACGACUCCUUCCACCAGUUCAAGAACCAGCCUUUCCUCAAGAGCCUCGCCUUGGCGCUGCAGUACGUCUUUCCGAUCUUCGCCUGGGGCUCCGACUACACCCUCAGCCUCCUCAAGUCCGACGUCAUCUCCGGCAUCACCAUUGCAAGUUUGGCAAUCCCACAAGGAAUUAGCUACGCGAAGCUUGCUGAUUUGCCUCCCAUCGUCGGCCUCUACUCUAGUUUUGUUCCGCCAUUGAUUUACUCUGCUCUUGGGAGCUCAAGAGACCUUGCUGUUGGUCCGGUGUCAAUCGCAUCGUUAGUGAUGGGAUCCAUGCUGAGGGAGGAGGUCUCCCCUAAUAAGCAGCCUGCCUUGUUUCUUCAGCUAGCCUUCACAGCUACAUUCUUUGCUGGUGUCUUCCAAUCUAGCUUGGGCCUUUUAAGGUUGGGAUUCAUAGUGGACUUCCUAUCGAAGCCGACACUGACAGGGUUCAUGGGGGGAGCAGCAGUCAUAGUAUCACUUCAGCAGCUCAAGGGAUUGCUCGGAAUAGUUCACUUCACCACGAGGAUGGGAUUCAUUCCGGUGAUGCAGUCUGUUUUCCGGCACGAGGGAGAGUGGGCAUGGCAAACUGUUGUUAUGGGACUCUCCUUCCUUGCUUUCCUAUUGAUCGCAAGACAUAUUAGCCUAAGGAGACAGAAGCUUUUUUGGGUAUCAGCAGCAGCCCCUCUGACUUCAGUGAUCCUGUCCACCAUCCUUUCCUUCGUCUUCAAAGCUCCAAACCAUGGCAUCAAAACAAUUGGGCAUUUGCAGAAGGGACUGAACCCUCCUUCAGCCAAUAUGUUGGACUUUGAAGGCACCUACUUGAGUCUUACAAUUAAGACAGGAAUAGUUACUGGAAUCUUGGCUCUUACAGAAGGAAUAGCUGUGGGAAGGACAUUUGCUUCUCUAAAAAAUUAUCAGAUCGAUGGUAACAAGGAAAUGAUAGCCAUAGGAAUCAUGAACAUAGCCGGAUCUUGUGCCUCUUGCUAUGUCACAACUGGUUCGUUCUCUCGAUCGGCCGUGAACUACAAUGCUGGAAGCAAGACAGCAGCGUCCAACAUUGUCAUGGCAACUGCAGUGCUCUUCACAAUGCUAUUCCUCAUGCCUCUCUUUUACUACACUCCCAAUGUCAUCUUAUCCGCAAUCAUUAUCGCCGCGGUGAUUGGACUUAUCGAUGUCAAAGGCGCAUUGCGGUUGUGGAAGUUGGACAAGUUGGAUUUUCUUGCUUGCAUGAGCGCGUUCUUUGGGGUUCUUCUUAUAUCAGUGCAGAUGGGCCUAGCCAUAGCUGUCGCAGUUUCGUUAUUCAAGAUUUUGAUACAGGUCACUCGGCCGAACACAGUUGUCCUGGGGAAUAUCCCAGGAACAAACACCUACCGGAGUGUGGCACAAUACCGGGAAGCUACAAGGAUGCCAUCGUUUCUAAUUCUUGGCAUCGAGUCCCCUAUCUAUUUCACCAAUUCGAUGUAUGUGCAAGAAAGGAUCUUGAGAUGGGCUCGGGAAGAGGAAGAGAGGAUCACAAAGUUAGAUGAGAAUCCCCUCAAAUGCAUUAUACUAGACAUGGCCGCUGUAACGGACAUAGAUACAAGUGGCGUUGAAGUACUCAAGGAGCUGAAGAAGAUACUCAACGAAAGGUCACUUGAGCUUGUUCUGGUUAAUCCAGUUGGGCAAGUAGCACAGAAGCUAUCUCAAUCAGGGACUUGGGAACUCUUUGGAUCCGAUCGCAUCUUCGUGACAAUUGGGGAGGCCGUUGCUGCAUCCGCGUGCAAGGUCAAUGUAUGAUUAUUUUUUUUUUUUUUUUGUCGAGUUGUCUUAAAAUUGGACAAAACAUAAUAGAAACAAAAGGGAUAUGCAUCAAGCAGUGACAAGAUUCUGAAACAUUGCCUUAUUCGAGCUCUUGAUGCAAGAGAUUUUGAGAACAAUAAUAGAAUAGAAAAACUUAUAUCCGUUCUCAUUUAAUCUCACUGCUCAUGUUCAUUUAUGCUUGGGAAUUGAUGUUUCAU